AUGGUUACUUUAAGAUAUUUUGUCACUGUUAUCACUGUCAUCCUUGGUGGUAGUGCCCAAUUCUAUAGUUACGGAGUAGUGAAUCCAGCUCAACCCUUACUAACUUCUUGGAUAAACCAAACGUAUACUGAACGAUAUGGAACUCCACUUUCAUUAACUGUAUCUAACCUUAUUUGGUCUUUCAUUGUUUCUAGUAUUGCUGUUGGUGCUAUUUUAGGUGCUUCUCUAACCAGAGUUGUUGCUGAACGAGUUGGGCGUCGUAAUGGUUUGAUAGCUAACGGCGUCGUAAAUGUGUUCGGUGCACUGUUGGAAUUACUUUCUAAAUCUUUCAAAUCUCCCGAGCUUCUUAUAUUUGGUCGCUUUAUAUUUGGGAUAAAUAUGGGUUUAACUUCGGGUCUGGUUCCCAUGUACUUGAUGGAAAUCACUCCUGGUAAAUACAGAGGACCAGCAGGCACACUCCAUCAGGUUGCUGUGGCGUUUUCCGAUUGGUUCUCUUUGCUCAUUGGCUUACCAGAGGUGUUGGGAGGUGAAAACACUUGGCCUUUGGCUUUUGCAUUUCCUGGUUUGAUGGCGUUGGCGUUAUGUAUCAUUCUGCCAUUCUGCCCUGAAUCACCGAAACAUACUCUUAGUGCAAAAGGCGAUAGAGAACAAACGUUGAUUGAUAUAAAACGACUUGUUGGAGAAGACCGAGCCAAGCUGAUGUUUGAAUCCCUCAUUCGCGAAAUCGCGUUGGAGAAGAGCGGAACAGGUACAUUCAAGGAGCUGUUCACGCGUAAAGAUCUUCGGAUUCCGCUAACAGUUUCUAUUUUGGUCAUGAUUGCUCAACAGUUUACGGGUUGCACAGCUGUAUUUGCCUAUUCAACUGACAUGUUUAUUAAUGCAAAACUAACUCCAGAAAUUGCUCGCUAUAGUACUUUGGCUAUAGGAGUAGUUUACUUCCUUUUCGCUUGUUCCGCACCAUAUUUAAUUGAAAAGGUUGGCCGUCGACCAUUGUCACUUUUCCAGCUGACAAGCUGUCUUUUUGCUCUUUCAUUACUAACCGUUUUCACAUAUCUGCAAAACUACUGGGAUGUGGAAUGGGCCAGUUAUGGAACUAUCUUCGCUUUGGUUCUAUAUAUGUGCGUGUACGGUGUGGGGUCGCCCAUACCAUGGAUGAUUACAAGCGAGCUGUUUAAUCAACAGUUCCGCGCUACGGCAGUCACUGUCUCAGUCUUCGUCGCUUGGACUUUCGCGUUUAUAAUCUCGCUAGCUUAUCUACCAUUCCAGCAGCUUGUCGGAGUGUCCUUUAGCUACCUCCCAUUCAUCAUCAUAAUAUCUAUAAGUAUUGUGUUAAUGUUCAUUCUCCUACCAGAGACUCGCGACCGUCCAAUUGAAAAUAUUGUACAAGAGUUUCGGCAUAGACAAGCGUCCUUAUCAAGUGGACGUCCAUGGGAAGCUAAUCGACCGGACAGUCGGGCGGAAAUGCAGCAACUUAUCGAAAGUGUUCAGAAUAGAAUCAACUAUUCAAGCACAAGUUUGGAUUCGUUUUAG